AUGCUCUUGGCCGUAAGCAACCAAGCAGCUUCAGCAGAAGCUGGUGGAGAAGAAGAAGCAGGCAGAGGAGCUAAAACCAAGCAGCUGCAGCAGGAGUUGGUGGAGAAGAGAAGGCAGGCAGAGGAGCUGGAGGCCAGACUGAAGACACUGGAAGCACAGUCCGCAGCAGCAGCAGCCGGAGGCGCUACUAGUACCACCGCCACCACUGUCGCGGCUGCCACUGUUGCUUCUGCCAUCCCGAUCGCCUCACUAUCCACCCGGCCUGCACCGUCCCCUAUCAAGCUGCUUCACUCCACAAGCUUUGGAGCCUCAGGCACGUCUGGCUUGGCCCUGCGCCUCCCUUCCUUCUACUCCCUCGGAGCCCCUCUCUCCCCAACCGGACGGGGAGGCUCGGCGCUUGGUUCGGGGGCCGGCAGGCUCGGGGCGGGGGUUCCUGGUUUGGGAGGGGGAGGAGGAGGCAUGGGUGUGGGAGGAGGCAUGGGCAGAGGGCACAAAAUGGGCAUAAGAGACGGACAUGGGACAGGAAGAGGGGCGGGUUCUGGGAUGGGUCAUGGGAUGGGGUCUGGGAUGGGGCCUGGGGUGGGAUCUAUGGGCCCUCCUGGGUUGGGUUCUGGAGGGGCGUUGGCGUUAGGGUUUGGUCGGGGGGGAAUUACUCCUGCUGUGGCUGCUCUCUCCGGAAUGGCCUCUACGACUGCUGCUGUGGCGCAAAACGGCGCUCCUCCUCCUGAUCCGCGUGAGAGCUUUCCGGGCAGUCGCAGUGAUGGCAGUGCGGGCGGCGGCGGCGGUGGGUUUGGUGGAGAUGCUUCGACGCGGGUUGCUCUGUUCACGUCUCAGGACGACGGGUGGGCAGGCAGGGACGGAUCUGUGCCAUACGGUGCUGGUGCUGGUGCUGCCGGUGCUGGUGGUAAUGAGGCUUGGUUGGGAGAAGGAGCAGUGACAGUGCCUGUGGAAGCCAUAGACAACACCACGUACCUCACCUGGGCUGCUCAACGCCAGCACACUCGCAGCUACAGCCUUCAUCUCGUAGGCAGCGGCGUGCCUCCACCUCCUCCCUCUCCCCUUCCUCCUCCUCUUCUUCCACCCCCUCUUCCCUCUCCUCCUCUUCCUUCUCCGCCGCCUCUGCAAUUUCAACCCACACUUGCUGGAGCUUUUCCUUCUGCUGCUGCUGCUGCUGCUUCUGGUGCUGCUGCCGUUUCUGGCGUUCGGGCAGCAGCAGUGGCUGCAGGCGCGAGGGUUCUAGGCUCCUUCGGAACCCUUCUUCCCGGGGGUAGAUCCGGCCCCUCAUCCCCUGCUGUGAUUCCCCACCCCCGCGCGCUUGGCUUCGUGACUGUUGACGACGCCCCUCUAGAGGCCUUUGAUGCUGCUCCCGAGCAGCAAACACCAGUUCAAACUCCGGUUCCUCCUCACCCUCGCGCGCUUGGCUUUGAAGCUGCUGUAGACGCCACUCAGAAAGCACUGGAACAGUCGUUUCAGAGGGAAGCAAUGACUCAAAGUGACGCCUUUCAAAGAGAGGCGCUUCAAGGAGAGAGGGAGGGUUCUGCGAGGGAAACGGCGUUUGGAUCCGAAGUGGUUUUUGAUGGGCAAACAGCGUCUCAGUUGGGUGGUUUUCAAAGGGAGGCUCCUCUCCCUCGCUUGCUUGGCUCUGUGCUUGUAGCUGAUGCUUCUCUGGGGGCAAUAAGAAGUGGAGAGGCGGAUGCUGGCUGGGCCAAGGAUGUGAUUCAGAAUAAGGAGGAGAGCGGAGAGGAGCAUAGGAAGGAGAGUGAGGAUGAGAGUGAAGGGGGGGGUGUGGAGGGGAACGAGAUAGAUCCUACAGAGCUGCUGCUUGUUGCAGCUGCAGUGCAAGGUUUGGCUGGUGGGGCGGAGAAGGGAGGGGGGGGGGAGGAGGGAGAGUGUGGGAGGGAGGAGGAAGGAGAGGGUGAGCAUGGGGAGGCGAGCCAAGGGGAGAGUGAGGAGGAUGAGGAAGAGGAGGGGGGGGAGGAGGGGGAGGAGGAAAAGUAUGAGGAGGAGGAGGGCGAGGAGGAUGAACAGGAGGAAGAGGAGGAGAGAGAAGUGGGGGACGAGGAGGGAGAGGAGGAGGAUGGACAUGGGAAGGAUAGUUCUUUGACUGAGUCAAAAGGUAAGGAACUGGCAGCUGCGGAUAACCCAAGAGGAAGCUCGAGAGGGAAGGGAGUGACUGCCGGUUUCAAAAGGAAGAGGGGUGGAAUGGGUUCAAAGGAGACUGGAAUGCAGGAGGACAAGGAGGGAGAUGCGACGGCGGUGGUGCGCGCUUCUGAGGCGCCUCGGAAAACGCAGGAGGAGGAGGAAAGGGAGGCGUUGGUUUUGAGGAUAUUGCGUGGUCAGGGAAGCAUAAGAAAGGGAGGGAGUUUGGCGACGCGGCAAGUGAGUGUGGUGAAAGGGGAAAAGGGUGCGAUUGGGAAGAAACGAGGCACAGGCAGUGAUGGGGAUGGAGAAGAGGAGGUAAAGGGGAGCCCAGGUGGGAAGGAGAAGGAAACAGGUGCGGAGUUUCCAGGGGAGGAAAUGGAGGAAAUGGAGGAAGGGGAGGAAAAGGAGGAAGGGGAUGAGAGGGAGGAAGUGGAGCCUGAAGGGUUUGCCAAGAAGGAAGGGCAGAAGGAGGUCAGAGAAAGGGGGUCACAGAAGCUGAGGCAAGGGUCAGGGCAUGGGGAGAGGCAAUGGGACGGGGAUACUCCUGCAGCAAAGAGGCAGAAAGCAGUGAGAGGGGGAGGGGAGGCGGCGAGAAAAAUUACAACUGGAGAAGUAAUUGAUCGAGUUGGGAAGCGGGGGGUCAAGGAGAAAGAGCAGGGAAGAAUGGAGGGAGAAGACGAGGAGAAGGCAAGUGCAGUAGCGAGAGAACGAGAUGCAGAGAGUGGAGAGAACACAGUGAGUGUGAUUGGUCUUCCUGCUGUUAUCAAGGCGAAUACUGGCAGAGCAGAAGGAACAGGGACGGGAAUAGGGGCAGGGGCAGGGGCAGGGGCAGGGGCAGGGGCAGGGGCAGGGGCAGGGGCAGGGGCAGGGGCAGGGGCAGGGGCAGGGGAAGGGGCAUGGGCAGGGGCAGGGGCAGGGGUAGGGGCAGGGGCAGGGGAAUGGGCAGGGGCAGGGGAAGGGGCAGGGGCAGGGGCAGGGGCAGGGGCAGGGGCAGGGGCAGGGGCAGGGGCAGGGGCAGGGGCAGGGGCAGGGGCAGGGGCAGGGGCAGGGGCAGGGGCAGGGGCAGGGGCAGGGGCAGGGGCAGGAGCAGGGGCAGGGGCAGGAGCAGGAGCACGAGGAGAAGGAGGAGGGGCAGGAGCAGAUACAAGGGAGGUGGUAAAGGAAGGAGGGGGAAAGGGAGGAGAAAAGGAGCAUGCUAGAGGUGAGGGACGUGCAGAGAAGGGUGAUGAGUGCAAGGAGUUGAAGGGAGAGGGAGUGCAAGCUUCUGAGGUGGCUCGGAAAACGCGGGAGGAGGAGGAGGAGGAGGAGAGGGAGCAUCCGAGAGGUGAGGGCCGUGCAGAGAAGCGAGUUGACUGCAAGGAGUUGAAGGGAGUGGCAGGAGGAAAACAUUCGGUUCCAGUGGGAGAUGGAGAUAGGACGUUGGGGCAGGAAGCAGCAAGGAAGGUGGGGCAGGAAGCAGGGAAGGGGGCGGUAACAGAAGAAGCCGAGACUGGGCUUAUGGCACUCGGGCAGAUAGGAAAAUUUCGCACGAGUUCGGUUGCAGAUGCUGCUGCUGCUGCUGCUGGUGUUGCUGCUGCUGCUGUUGCUGGUGGUAGUGUUGCUAAUGGUGGUUCUGCUGCCGCAGUUGGGAUGGAAUCUAUGGGUACUGUUAGUGCUGCUGCCAGUGAUGGUGCGCUGCUGAUCAGAAUUGCUGCUAGGAAGAGUACCAGUGGAGAGAACCAGAGGGGAGGCAGGGGAGGAAGCAGGGGGAGGGGGUUAAGUAGGGGACGAGGGCGGGGGGCUGGUGGGACUGACCGCGGGGCCAGGGGAGGAGGCGGACGGAUGGGGAGAAGAGGGAAAGGGGAGAGAGAGGGGCGUGUUGGAAGGGGAGGCGGCAGAAGAGGCAAGGGAGUGGUUACUGGUGCAGGGAUGGAGGCUGUGGGAGACUUGGGUGGGUUGGGAAACGGUGGGGAAGCGGGGGACGGAGUGGGAAAUAUGGCAGCAACUGAAGGAGGGGCUGGGGUGGGAGUGUCAGGAGGAGCAAGGGCAGCGGAUGGGGUAGGGAGCAAGGAAGGAGGGCAUGCAGGAGGAGGGGAGAAGGCAGCUGGUGAGAGUGGUGGUGCUAUGGGAGGAGCUGGGCAGGAGGCAGGGAUAGGCACCCGGCACAGCCAACGCCUGGGAGGCAGGCAGGUUUCAGGCAGGUGGAGCCGGAAGUAUGAUGGUUGA